UUCAUGAUGAAGUUACGGUCAUCGCCUACUCUCGCGAGACCUCGUUCCACGCGCGUGAGCAGCUUCGCGCACACGUCGGAGGAACUGAGUUGGAGGAUCAUGGCGGAGCGCAGAAGACACAAGAAACGGAUCCAGGAGGUGAGCGAGCCCACCAAGGAGGAGAAGGCGGUGGCCAAAUACCUCCGAUUCAACUGCCCCACCAAGUCUACAAACAUGAUGGGCCACAGAGUCGACUACUUCACCGCAUCCAAGGCAGUGGACUGUCUGCUGGACUCUAAAUGGGCUAAAGCUAAGAAGGGAGAGGAGGCACUCUUCACCACCAGGGAGUCUGUGCUGGAUUACUGCAACAGACUUCUAAAGAAGCAGUUCUUCCACCGGGCACUGAAAGUGAUGAAGAAAAAAACAGAGAAAGAAAUCAAGAAAGAGAAGGAGAAAGAGAAAGAAAAGGUCAAGAGUGACAGCGGCAAAGAGGAGGAGAAAAAAGGGAAGAAAGAGAAAGAGAAGAAGAAGGAGUCUGACGUUGCUGAAACUAAAAAAGAAAAGAACGAUGACAGUCCUGGAACACCCAAAAAGAAGAAAGACGUGAAGAAGAAAUUUAAACUGGAGCCUCAUGAGGAUCAGCUGUUCCUGGAUGGAAAUGAGGUUUACGUGUGGAUUUACGAUCCUGUCCACUUUAAGACUUUUGCCAUGGGACUGAUUCUCGUUAUCGCAGUGAUUGCAGCCACCCUGUUCCCACUGUGGCCAGCAGAAAUGCGUGUGGGGGUUUACUAUCUAAGCGUUGCAGCAGGCUGCUUCGUGGCCAGUAUACUGCUCCUUGCUGUUGCCCGCUGUAUCCUCUUUUUGAUCAUCUGGCUGGUGACUGGUGGGCGCCAUCACUUCUGGUUCCUCCCCAACUUGACAGCAGACGUUGGUUUCAUCGACUCGUUCAGGCCUCUCUAUACUCACGAGUACAAAGGGCCGCGAACCAACAAGAAGGGCUCAGACAAGAUUGACGACAAGGACAGUGGCGCCUCCACCAAGGCUCAGAAGUCAGACAGCGACGAGAAGUCAGACAGCGAGAAAAAGGACGGCGAUGACGAUGAGGAGGAGGAGGAAGAGGAGGAGGGCAAGGAUGCAGGGCCAGAGGAGAGUAAGGAAGCAGAGGGGGAGAGAGCGGUGUCCGACCGGCACUCAGACACAGACAGCGACCGGCGGGAGGAUGAAGGCUCGCAGCACAGCAACGGAAACGACUUUGAGAUGAUCACCAGAGAGGAGCUGGAACAGCACACGGAGGAGGAGGAGGAGGAGGAAGAUGAGGACGAUGAUGAGGAAGACGAAGAAACUCAAGAGAGGAAAGAAGAUUGUGGGAGUGAAACUAAAGUGCAGACUUCUGAAACAUAAACUUCUUACAGUCCCAUUAUUCAGUACUUCUCUCUUCGUCCUUCUCUCCCUUUUCUCCUGUGAUUCCAGGACCUGAUAGUUCGGUCUCUCUGAGCCCGGAGAGGCUCCAUCUCUUGUUGUUGAGAUCUUCCACUAAACCGCACCGAUAGACGAGUACUGGGAUAGACACAGCAUUGAAAAGCUAAAGGCUAUGACAGUAUGGGGAAAAUGUAAAAACAAAAGAUAAAACGCCUUAUGGUGGAUCUGAUUCCAACCACGCAAAUGUUAUUUAUGUUUAAAUGAAAACUGCCACCAGACACGUUUGCCUGAGGAAGUUGUCAACCUUUUUUUUUUGUUGUAUGUCAUUUCAACUCAAGAUGGUUUAUUUAUGGCUUCGUUCAUUUGUCUCUUCAAUGAGCUCAAAUACUAAUUUUAGAGUCAUCAUAGUAAAGUGACCAGCAGGAUCUGCAGGUUCCUCACCCUGUUUAUUGUUUCUUUCCUUUUUGAGCUCCAGUGUCAUCAUUACAAUCUGAUUAGUUCUGGAGUCCCCCUGGCAUUUACAGUGUGUCAGGAGCUUCACGUCCCGUUGAAAUGGGAAUAAGAGUCUGAUGACUUUCUUAUGCGGCACAUUUGCUUUGUCGUUGAUCCAAAAGGACCAAAUCCUAUAGUUUACUCAACGGGAUAUUGAGAAAAAAAAAUCAUGUGUGGCUGGAUAGAAUAUUUUUGGAGCAGAGCAGUACAGCUCGUUGAGGUACUUGUUAUUGUCAGUAAGAAGAUUUCUUAUUUUAAUAAAUGGCUGACGAUCAUAGUGCAAUCCUCUCCACAGUCUGAAGUAUGUCUAGUUCAUGUUUAACAAUGGAGGACUUGUGUUGAAGCGGAAACGUGAGCAACUGGGACACAGCUGGAGCAUUCAGUUGUCUUUUUUUAAAAGAUCUCAUUUGUAUGAAAGCUAUAAGACAAAAUUGUUGGCUGAUUCAUUUACAGAGAGAACCAGACAAAAAAAGUAAACUUUGGUGCCAAACACAACUAAAGACAUUUUGCAUGCAAAUGAAUUACGCAGGGUUGAGAGCAACGCUUGCAUUUAGCAGAUUCGUUCACGUCGUAACAGCGAGUGUCAAACUUUUACGUCUACAAAACAAAGCGCAGAAGCACAGAACCAGGUUGUUUGUGUGUAGUUAAACAGUUUUUGGUCUCCGUGAAACCAUUUAAAGUUGUUGACACUAGUUUCAGCCCUGUCUCGUCUCGCACAAGCCGCCGCGUGACGACAGCGGACACGCUUUGUGAAUUCAGAGGUCCAAGCUGUUCUUCACAUCAUCCACAGGCUACAAUAGUCAUAGUGAUAAUUCUAUUUAAACAUAAAAAAUAGACAUGCAUCAUUUAUAUAUGGAUUCUAUUGAUAUAUCAAAUAUAGAGAAACAAUACUUAGUCUAUGUAAAUGUAAAACUGCUCUUUCCUCCCUUUCUUUUGUAUUGAGUUUUUUUUAUUCCCCAGAGUGUGUGUAUUGUUCAGCUUUGUUUUAUGAUACGACAAAAUGUGAGCGCUAAUUAUGUAGAGAUUUUAAUAGAUAUCAGCAUCUGUCUUUAUAUUACUUUACACGCGUGUGCUGUGUCCUGCCACAUCUGUUUCUCUCACUAACAGUGUCAGUUAUUAACCAGGGUUCUAAAGCCAGUGGUUUGUUUACCAACCUGCCGCUUCCUACACAACUAACCUGGUAAAAACAUGCUUCCCAUGUUUUUCACACAUUUUCUGGACCUUUGGUUUUGCCUAAUAAUUACCUCAGACUGUGUUUAGUAGUUUGCUCCCUCGUCCCUGUGAGGUUUGUGGUUCUGACUUUCUAUCUCACGCUAUCGUGUUGUCAUCGAUUUCUUUGUUCAUUCCAAAGCAGGCAAAGUGCAUCUCUGUGUCCUCAGUUACUAGUUGCUUACUACUGGCAAAACCAUUUCACAAAAGAGGAAAAAUAUUCUACAGUACUUGUUCUUGACUGUUGCACAGUAUCGGUCUGUUGUAGAUUGUAGUAUUAUUACUCUAUGCUGCUGCUUCUCAUCGCACAUUUCUGGGGGAAAGUGAAAUUGUAAAACAACCAUGUUUUAUCUCUGGUCAAAAACUGUGUCUUUUGAUCAUCUAGUUGUCCACAUUUGGAUCAAUAUCAUUCUGAAGACUGUCUCAUGCAAUAUUGGAGUAUAAUUUAAUAAAAUUGGAUGUCUGGAAAUAUAUAUGUAUCUUAUCAUUGCAAUAAAAAUAUACAAAGCACA